UUCCAAACAAUGCUCCGGUGGCUCAUCAUAAUAUAACCGGGAGCGUUCACGAGAGUCCAGAAGUCUGCGCGCGGACAGUCUGUGAGCUCGCGCGUCGGUGCGCGGUGGGCCCAGACAGCAUUCAAAACGAGCCGUUUAGUUCUGUCAGUGUUUACGGGGUGUAAUGGUUCAGUCCAAAGUGUGAUCACCUUUGGGACUGAGCAUCUCUCCCUUCAUACGUAAGCGCGACUCCGUACCGUCUACACAGGGAUCCUCCCCGGUCGGGAUGCGCUCGUGACGAUGCGUCGGGGCUAUUAUGAUGCGCGCCGUUCUUAAGAAGCAGGCGUAAACAGAUCAAUAGAAGCCGUGAUCAACAAGCGUAUCCCCGCAGUAAUGUAAAGAUGGCGAGACUGCUCCAUAACUUGCUGUUGUUGACAGUCGGGCUGACGCUGAAGAUCAGAGUGAUGGGAUACUGGUCUCUCAUCUAUGGAUACUGCGCGUUAUGCACGGGCGUAGCGCUGAUCAAACUUGGCUGGAAUAUCAUCCUGCGACCGUCAACAACCUUUCAGUGGACGGUUCGUGAGAUUCCCCCCUCGUGCCUGAAUGACACGUCCUUGGGAACCCACUGUUAUGUUAGAAUCAAGGAGUCUGGACUCCGAUUUCACUAUGUUGCUGCUGGGGAACGAGGCAAACCGCUUAUGCUGUUUCUGCAUGGAUUCCCAGAGUUUUGGUUCUCAUGGCGUCACCAGCUCAGGGAAUUUAAGAGUGAGUUUCGCGUGGUAGCAGUGGAUAUGCGAGGCUACGGUGAGUCUGACCUGCCCUCGUCCACUGAGAGCUACAGACUGGACUACCUUGUCACCGACAUCAAGGACAUUGUGGAGUAUCUGGGAUACAACAGAUGUUUUCUCGUGGGCCAUGACUGGGGUGGCAUCAUCGCAUGGCUCUGUGCAAUUCACUACCCUGAAAUGGUGACAAAACUCAUAGUGCUGAACAGCCCUCACCCCUGUGUAUUCACUGAUUAUGCCCUUCGACACCCAAGUCAGAUGCUCAAGUCAAGUUACUACUUUUUCUUCCAGUUGCCAUAUUUCCCAGAGCUAAUGCUUUCCAUCAAUGAUUUUAAGGCACUGAAGAGUCUAUUCACCAGCCGCAGCACAGGCAUCAGUUGUAAGGGCCGCUGGCUCACCACAGAAGACCUUGAAGCUUACCUGUAUGCCCUCUCACAGCCAGGGGCCCUCACUGGGGCUCUUAACUACUUCAGAAAUGUCUUCAGUGUCCUCCCACUGAGUCACAGUGAAGUGAAGUCUCCAGUAUUGCUGUUAUGGGGAGAAAGAGACGCGUUCCUGGAGCAGGACAUGGCCGAAGCCUGCCGUCUGUACAUCAGAAACCUUUUCCGCCUCAACAUCAUCUCUGGAGCCAGUCACUGGCUUCAGCAGGACCAGCCCGACAUCGUCAAUAAACUCAUAUGGACUUUCAUCAAGGAGGGAGAAGGCCGGAAAAACUACAGGAACUUAUAAUGGGGUCCUUCUCCCUCUAGAGCUCGUCUACAGAGGGGACCAGAGAAAUGCCUGUGAACACAAACCAAUGUAAUGUUUAAUGCAAUCGUCGUUUUAAAUUUGAUACAUCUAAGAUAUAGAGAUGAUUCAACCUUCAGUGAAGAGGAACAGAAUAAAAGCACAUUUUAAUUGGAGGGGUUGAAUAGAGAGUAGUGUGUUCAAUCAGUUUUUUUUUUUCUCAAGUUUGCACAUGACAUUCGCCUUAAGGUUUCUUGGUGAUAGUGUUUAAAAGUGUGUUGCAAAAUGUCUGUAAAUUGUAUUGUGUGGUGCCUUUUGACAUACCAUUUUGCAACAUAAAAGAUGUGCCAUGUUUUUCUGAGACAGAGCUCUGGGUUGUGAGCCAUUUGUAUCAUGAGUUUUGCUACUCUCUAUAACACAAAACACAGGGGUCCUAAACCCCCUCCACUUCUCUAUCAGGUAGUGUUGUCUUAUAGUGGAAAGUAUUGUUCUUCUUUUUUUGUAUUUAAUAUAUAUAUAUAUAUAUAUAUAUAUAUAUAUAUAUAUAUAUAUAUAUAUAUAUAUAUAUAUAUAUAUAUAUGGCUUAAAUAUUUGAGAAUGUCAUUAUUUUGAUCUUACUGUAUAAUAAAACAAAGUGAUGUUUCAAUAUUGUACACUUUUUUGUAUCUCUUCCUAAAAACUGCAUCUAACAGUAGAACCAGCACUGCGCCAUUUUGAUUUUAUAAGCAAAUAAAUGAUUGCCGGAACUCA